ACUCUGGUGUUUUUCUCUGUGUUACGGACUGUUUGUCCACUCUCGUGUCUAUUCGUUUCGUGUCUUUGUUCUGUCGAUGAUCUGCAUCACGGAUAGAACCAGGCCGGUUUAGAACCACCGCAGUGAGGAACCGGACCGAGCGGAGGCUGCUUUAAAGCCACGCCCCUCCUCCUCAGAUGGCCCGCUGCCAUCAUGGCGUCUCGACUGCUGGGUCGUCUGAAGCGCUCGCUCUUUAAAGAUGGUGAUGGGGUCGGACCUGAGGUGGAAGCAGAUGGUGGGCAGGAAGGGGAGGAGUGUGAGGAGGCGGAGUUGGAGAAGGAGGAGUGUGUGACAGAGCGACUCGGGGGGACUUUGUGCUUUGACAGUGGUGGACGAGGAACAGCGGAGGACGGAGGGGGCGAGGGGUCGGGACACGACAGCGACUCUGACCUUCUGGACGAGUCGACGGAGGAGCGGCUGAGCAGCACAGAUGUCAGUCCUGUGAGCAUGUCUCCGUCUUCCUGCUCCACAUCCUCCCUGCUGACUCACCAGCUUCAGGAGAGCUGGAGAACCCUGCACAGGGCAAGCACAGGAAGCUCCACCCCCCUCCAGAGACCGCUGCUGGAUGACUUGCUGUUUGAGGUGACGGAUGCUAAUGUGGUAACAGACGGUGGCUCAAAAUAUGUACUCUACACCAUCCAGGUUGUCCAGGCUGACAGCAGCAAUAAAAACACAGCCGUCAUCACCCGCCGAUACUCCGAAUUCCGGCGGCUCCACACUGUGCUGCGGCGUGGUCACGGAGACCAGGUGGAGCGCGUCUGUUUUCCACGGAAGAAGCUGCGAAGCAACUUCACAGCGGAGACCAUCGCUACACGCAGUCGUGCAUUUGAACAGUACCUAUCACACCUGUGUUGCAUCCCUGGCCUGCGGGGGGCGCUGUGUGUCCGACAGUUCUUUUACCUGUCCGAUUUGCAGACCGGACAGGUGCUGAUCAGAGUGGGACAUUACAGAGAGGCUCUGGAUCCACUGCUUAAUGCCAAGAGACUGCACCAACAGCUGGGCUGGGCAAGUUCCUCUGAUAACCAGGCUCAGGUCCCGAACCCAGCAUCCAGCAGCUGGUUCUUCACGCUGGUGGCGCUGUUGUGCUGUUUCCAGGAGGUGGACCAGCUGGAAGAAGCGUGUGACCAUUGUGAACAUGCACUGCACGUUCUGAUCCCACCCACUCCCUCAGAGAUGCCGUACAGCACAGAGGACAAGCCCCUCCCACCUGCAGACAAGUCCCACCUUGGCUCUCAGGUGCUUUGGGUACAAGUCAGCAAACCCCACCCCCUCCUGCUGCCCUUGCUCCGGUUGAUGGUAAGGCUGUCCUGGCAGACAGGAAGGGAUAAGCGGCAGUGGGAGGAGCUUUUGCAGCAGCUGGAGGAGCAGUGGGUGUGGCUCGACAAUCAGCACACGAUCAAAGAGUUCCUGGUCAAACACAACCUGCUGGAGAAUGAGGAGGCACCAUGAGGUGUUCUGAAA